AUGCUUGCACAAAGGAAUUCAAAUGGAUGGUCAAAACGUAAUCGUCUUGUUCGUGAUAUUCCUGUUGAUUGUCUCGUCUCAAAUCAAGAAAAUAUUAGUAUUGUAUGGUUUAAUUCAAUGUUAGCAGAAACAGAUCUUUCUGAUUUAUCGUUUACUCAUCUUCGUACUCUUAAUGAUUAUAUUUUAUUUUAUACUCAGAAAUCUUUAUAUCUGGAAUAUUUAAUGUCAAAACAUAAACAAAAUGACCAUAUUAUUGUUAUAUUACAUGAUAUUGAAAUUCUCGAUCAAACACAAAAUUGUGAACAAGUUCGUGCCAUACUGUUGAUUAUGACAGAUGAUGACAAAAAUAAAAAUAUUAUAACCGAACGAGAUUAUAAAAAAGUUGUUGGUAUAAUUGCUGAUCAAAAUUCAAUAUUUGUUAAACUACAACAAAUAAUUGUCGAUGUCGAACAUCAAGUUGCUCAAAAUGUCGGAGAUGUAUUUAGUACAUUCAAUCGACAAGAAAGAACUCUACGAGAUGUUCGACAUGAAUUGGCUGUUUUUAUGUGGCGUCAAGUUUUCAAAAUUAUGGUCAAAACAAUGCCUCAUACACUCGAAGCUCGACAAGAAUUGAUUGAUCAAUGUCGUUUAUAUUACAAUGGAAAUCAAAGUCAACUGGCUCAAAUCGAUGAAUUUGAGCGUAACUACAAUGCAAUCAAUGCUGUUCGAUGGUAUACAAAAUCAUGCUUUCUCUUUCGUUCGCUUAAUAAAGCUCUUCGUACGGAAGAUGUAGGAAGUCUGUAUAUAUUCCGAUAUUUUAUCAAUGAUCUAUGCACAAUUCUUGAAGCAGCUCAUGAUGAUAAGCGUAACAUAAUACAAGUUUAUCGUGGCGGUCAAAUGAGCAAAGAUGAAAUAGAAAAUUAUAGUGUUGGUACUAUUGUAGCAGCUAAUGGUUUUCUAUCAACAUCUCGUGAUUUACAGGUUGCUCAGCUAUUUAUAGGAUUAGAUAUGAUAACAGGAAAGUCACCAAGUCAAAGUCGAGAUGAUCAACAACAAUUUGUUCUCUUCAUAAUCAAUACUGAUUGGGAUCGUUCACCAGAUAUAAAUGUAGCUGAUAUAAGUAAUCAAAGUGACUUUCCAGAUGAGAAUGAAGUUUUAUUUGAUAUGGGUACAACAUUUGAAAUAACUGCAAUCAACUAUGAUUGGGAACAGUAUUUAUGGCAUAUAGAAAUGCAACCAUCGAUGGAAAUUGCCCAGUUGAAUCGAGAAUAUGAACAUUACAUUCAUCAACGAUUGGCAGAAACAAAUUCAACUUUACUUUUUGGUAUUCUACUAACCGAUAUGGGAGAAUAUGAACAAUCAGCCAAUUAUUUUCAACAUCUUUUAGCAAAAAUGCCUGAUAAUCAUGAAGAUCGACCAAAUGUAUAUUAUAGUGCAGCACGUAUUUACCGUUUUACUAAUCAAUAUGAAAAAGCAUUGAAAUUUUUACGUCAUGCCGAACUUCUACAACGUGCAAGAUUACCCGGAUCUAAUUUUGAUUUAGCUCGAACUCUAGCUGGUAUUGCUAGUGUUUACUAUGAAUUACAAGACUAUCAACAAGAGUUAUUCUAUUAUCAACAAUCGAUGAAUAUUUAUCAAAAAAUUUUACCUGAGAACCACAUCGAAAUUGCUCGUACAUUUAACCGUUUAGGAUUUGCUUAUGCAAAUCAAAAACAAUACACUUUAGCAUUAACAUAUCUAUCAAAAUCAUUGUUUGUUUACAAUAAUACAGUACCUGAAGUUCAUCCGGACAAAGCCUUUCUAUUAUAUAAUACAGGUUUAGUACAUCAUAGAUUAGGACAUAUUGCUGAGUCAUUUGAUUUCUAUGAAAAAGCAUUGAAAAUGCGUGAGACAACAUUACCACCUUAUCAUCCUUAUAUAGGUCAGUCAUGCUAUCAAUUAAGUGUAUUAUGUGAAGAACAAAGUCAGUAUGAUUUAGCGCUGGAAUAUGCUUAUCGAGCAUUGACAAUCUACGAAAAGAAACCAUCGAAUAAUCAUAAAAUGAUAUGCGAUGUUCAGAAUAUAAUUAAACGUCUUCACAAUGAAUCAAACGUUCAAAUAUGA